AUGGUAUACAUCCCACAGCUGGGCCCAGCUGAAUUUUGGAAGGAACUUCUUGGCGCAAGGAUAGUCUUCCCGUUACCACAAGAAAUAAAGAAAGCUGAACUACUUGCCUUGGAACCUUAUUCAACGAUUGAAGAUAAUCAUAUGGUGGAUGAUUUUGGAGGAAUGUUAUGCUUACCGAAUGGCUUGUUUUAUAUGGGAGAGGAGAAUCGUAAACCGAUUGGCCCAGCUAGAACUGGUUGCAUGAUUACUGGUUCGCCUGGUAUUGGAAAGACGUACUUUGGCUUAUUUAUUCUUUUCUAUAUUCGUUACAUGUAUCCUAAAGCUACAAUAGUUUGGAGGGGUGAAAAAGAUUGUUAUCAAUUCUCACCGGAAGGUAAUGUGCAAGAGGGGAAUAUCCGUCAAUUUAGCAAGACGUUGAGUGAUCCAAAAAACUUCUACAUCGCUGAUGCAUCUACUAUGACAUGGUAUUCAGCCUAUAAGAUCCUUCUCACAUCACCGGAACCAGAAAGGUUCAAAAAGGCUGUCAAAUGGCCGGGUUUUACUCAAUAUUUCAUGCCAGUUUGGGAUCUCGAAGAAAUAACCAUACUUUGGAUUGCCCUAUACAAAAAUAAGAAGAAUAUUGAUGGUAAAGAGCUCACAUUUGAAUUAGUCGGGACCUUGCUAGAAAAUUGGGGCUCAAUACCUAGGUCAAUUCUUUUAAAGUGGGACGAUGAAUGCGUUCAGAUAUUAUUGGUGAUGGAUCUCGAUGUGGAUUCAACAUUUACAAAAAAAGUGUAUCGUUUUGCUUCUCCGAUGGUAUCUAACAAAUUGAUCCAAGCAUACGAAAAUAAAACCAAUAGGAACGUUCGUGAUUUCAUCAUGAGCAGUUAUGAAUAUCCAAUGGCCUCUGGAUUUCGAGAGGAGACCGAGAAACAUAUCAAGAACCUGGAGUGUAACUGGUUUAUGACAAUGAAGGAAGCACGUAAGGGAUAUUAUAACAGGCCAAAAUCAAAAACAUUCGAAUCGAUUGAUGCUUUUAGCCUUGAUAACAGCGUUUUAACCUUAUAUCAAAUGACCGUCUCAAUAAAGUACAGCAUGAAGGUUAAAGGACUCAAUAAUCUUAAACGUUUUCUCGGGUGGGAAAACGACAUGAAUAAUAUUCACCUAUAUUUCGUUGUGCCGGCGAACAUCUUCGAAGAAUUUCCCUUUCAAAGUUAUAAGACCGUCAAAGGACAGGAUAGUCAAAAAAUUCCGAGAUGGAUCAAUAAUAUAUCUCAAUAUGCAUUGGAAAUUAAUAUUGAUUCGGAACAACGUAAUUUGAAACGCCAUUAUACAGAUUCCGAUAAUGAUGCGAUGUUGAGAGGUGGUGGAAGUAGGGAAGUGCUAGAGGAAGGAGGGAAUAAAAAAAAGAAA